CGCCAGCCACGUCGGACGCGGGGCCGCCCCGCAGGAAGGCCCCUCCCCGGCCCCACAAUGCACUGCGGGCCGCGUCACUCGGAGCGGCGGGUCCCGGCUCGACAGUUUCCUGGAUCGUCCGCUUGGGGGCAAGUUGGAGAGCUUGAGAAGCAGCCCCUCCUAUGCCUAGACAGCCAAGGCAGAGCCCAGGGCUAGAGCGUCAGCCACCAGACGCGAGAUGUUGUGAUGCCAGCUAACAGGUCUUCUCUGCUGGUUGAAAUGUCUAUGAUUUUAUCUGCAUCAGUCAUUCGCGUCAGAGAUGGACUCCCCCUUUCUGCUUCUACUGACUAUGAACAAGGCACAGGCGUGCAGGAGUGCAGAAAGUAUUUUAAAAUGCUCUCAAAGAAACUUGCUCAGCUUCCUGAUAGAUGUACACUGAAAACUGGACAUUAUAACAUUAAUUUUAUUAGCUCUCUGGGAGUGAGCUACAUGAUGUUGUGCACUGAAAAUUACCCAAAUGUUCUGGCCUUCUCUUUCCUGGAUGAGCUUCAGAAGGAGUUCAUUACUACUUACAACAUGAUGAAGACAAAUACUGCUGUCAGACCAUACUGUUUCAUUGAAUUUGAUAACUUCAUUCAGAGGACAAAGCAGCGAUAUAAUAAUCCCAGGUCUCUUUCAACAAAGAUAAAUCUGUCUGACAUGCAGAUGGAAAUCAAGCUGAGGCCCCCUUAUCAAAUUUCCAUGUGUGAACUGGGGUCUGCCAAUGGAGUCACAUCUGCAUUUUCUAUUGACUAUAAAGGUGCUGGUAAGAUUUCUUCUGCUCACCUGCGACUGGAACCAGCAACUCUGUCAGGGAUUGUGGCUUUUAUCCUCAGUCUUUUAUGUGGAGCUCUGAAUUUAAUUCGAGGUUUUCAUGCCAUAGAAAGUGUUUUGCAGAGUGAUGGUGAAGAUUUUAAUUACGUUGUUGCAUUUUUCCUUGGAACAGCAGCCUGCCUUUACCAGUGUUAUUUACUUGUCUACUACACCAGCUGGCGGAAUGUCAAAUCUUUUUUGACUUUUGGUUUAAUCUGUCUAUGCAACAUGUAUCUCUAUGAACUGCGCAACCUGUGGCAGCUUUUCUUUCACGUGACUGUGGGAGCGUUUGUUACGCUACAGAUCUGGCUAAGGCAGGCCCAGGGCAAGGCUCCUGAUUAUGAUGUCUGACACCAUCCUUCAGACAUACUGCCCUGGCUUCCAAGGAAAAAGGAGGGAGCCUAUCUUAACUGCCACUGUGAUGAAGAAACUAUUCACCACAAUCAAGAAGCUCUGCUUUCUUUCUCUCCAACUAUCCUUUUUGUUUUAAGUCAGCAUGGCAUGCCUGGGAGCAUGCAGUACCUGCUAGGCAAACUCCUCAUGUUAGCCAUGAGAUUAUUAUUAUUCAGAAGAGGAGGAGACUUCUCUCUACAGGGCCACAACAGUGGAAGAACAGUCAGAAGCUACUGGAAGACUUGGCCAGCAGUCCUGAAUCCUUCUGAAGAGUUCAAUAAAAAAAUAUGUGUGGUACAUGCUCUGAGGACCAAGCAGGAACUCUACAACCUGGGUUUGCCUUUGUGAGGCAUGAGUAUAGCCCAAAUAAAAAGAUGCUGUGAAGUUUAUUUUUAAAACAACUUGCUAAAUAUCAGAUUAUUUGCACAUUUAUAGGUACUAAGUUUAUAAAGUCCAGGAUGGUGUAGAAUUGGUUCUUUUUCCUUUUAUAUGUUUGUUUGAAUAUUACUCUGGAGUCGCUUGAUGUAGAGAAGGCUUUUAUGAGCUCAUCUCUAGAUCAUCACAAGUAUUGAAAACAAGUAACAUGUUUUCUUUCUAGUCCCUGUUUGUAGUUUCUUUUGAAAUCACUUUUUAAACAUGAUUUGUUAAAUUAUAGCCAUCGUUUCCCAAACUUCAAUCACCUGAAUAUUUACAUUUACUAUUGUUUCUUAGUAUUUAUCUUUUAAAUCUUAAAAUAGUUCAAAAACAAACAAAUCUCUACUCCAAGAGGAAAACCAGCAUCAAUUUACCGUGAAUAACUACAAAAUAAAACAAAAAAUGUUAUCCAGUUCUAACUAGAUACUAAUGCCUCCCAAGGCUCUGAACCCAAGAAGUCUGCUCUUUGUUCCAGUGAGAGAGAUGUUACCCCGCACCAAAAUGGGGCUCUCUCUGUGGAAUUAUCAGAAGAAUAAAAGAAAAUUGUAAAGGGAAUGACAUUCUCACUGUGAUUCUGCAUUAUUUAGUUCUGUGUUGUAUACCACCUAAAAUCCUCUGGUGUGCCACCAAUGGUAUGGGUCCUGCUCCGUGGAAAUACUGAACUGUAUUAGCUCCCAGCAAUUCUUUUAUUGUUUUAUGGCUUUGAGGAGUUCAGCCCCUAGUAUCUUAGAGAACUUGUUUGCUUUUUGAUAAUAUUACAAAGGUUCGAACAGUUAUGAAUUGAUAUAGGAAGCACAGUUUGAUUCCAUUAGCAAAAUCGACAACUCUCCUGGUUUUGGAAGGCACCUUCAUUAAUGAUUUUCCUUUGUUUUCAAAGAAGAGAUUCCAAGCAAAGAGUACAUAAGGCACUGAAAUUUGAUAUCCAGAAAACAGUGGACCUGUUCCAUAUAAUUCCUAUUACUGAGAGUAUUAAUUAAGCAGAAUGGUCCAGAGGGGUAAAAUCCUUGAACUACCAUGUUUGCCUGAACCCCAUAUAUGUAGGAUGUCUGCAACUGUAAAAUCUUGCCUAACUAGAACCUUUUUUGCUGCACUCCCCUUUUAGGAGAGUGAGGCCAAGGGAAGACAAUAAGUGUGUAAUAUCAGGGAUUUAUUUAAAACAGGAAACUCUAGUUCAUUUCAGUUUUCUGCCUCUAACAAAACUGACAGAAAUUAUAUAUAUUCUGAGAGCUACCCCAAGAUAUACUACAUGAUCCUAAAUCAUCAAAAUAAAAUUGAUUUGUGUUUGGCAUUUUGUACUUACAGAGCCAGGAAAGAGCCAGGAAAGUGAAGUGGUUCAGUUUAGAAAGAUUUUUCUGAACUAAUGGUUAAAACAAGAAGAGUUCUCUUGUGAUUUUGCUAUAUGUUGAUACUUUAUAGCUCUCUCACCUGUUUGGUUCAGUUUGGUUCUCCCUAUUGUUCAGUUAUUGUGUUUGGUAUUUGGAUCAUUCAGCAAGGACACUUUAAAAUUCAUCAACUGUCUUUAAAGGCUUAAUUUAUUUUCUGUUUUUGUUGUUUUUUCACCAGCUAUUUUGGAUAAUGGGAUGUUUACAUCUUAAUGUAAAAAAUGAAAAUAGGCAUAAAUCAUGUUUUAUGUAUAGAAAUGCUUUCUUUCAUUAUUUGGUGUCUGCAUCACUGAGUGUUUAUAUUGACUUCUCUGCCUCUAUCAUGUUGUUGCCAAAGAAACUAUGAAUUUGGAA